AAAGCAUUCUCCUACUCUCUUCUAUUUGUCAUUGUUAUGUUAUAUAAUCCUCCAAAUAUCUCUCUACCCAUCGCCUUGCACGUUUUCUCAUUUGUUUGCUCUCUCUCUUUCUCUUCUUUUUUAAGAAUCUUUCAUAUAUACUCUUUGUUUUUUCCAUUUUUGCCUGCAAGAGAAAAUGGCUUAUGGAUUUCCUUGUUUGCAUUGCCACCCACAUAGUUACAUUAGAAUGGUUCAACAUCUUAUUGAGAGGUGCUUACUUCUUCACAUGGACCGAGACCAAUGCAUAAAGGCCAUAGCAGAGCAAGCCGGAAUUCGGCCCCUUGUAACUCUUACAGUGUGGAGAGAACUAUUAAAGGAGAACGGGGAAUUCUUUCAAGAAUAUUUCCAUGCUAUUUCUCAGUGAGAACCUCCAUAAGUACGUAGGGUUAUUCAAAGGCACCAAGGUUUGGAAGAGGGAAACAGUGGAAGUAGACGGGAAGAGCUGCAAAUCCCAUUUGAGAAAAAGGAACAAACUUGAUGCUAGUAAUAUUUUAGGGUUUUUUAGAUAAUAUCCCUAAUUAAUUAAUAGAAAAGGGAUGGGUAAUGUUUAUAUCCAGAAGCCUAUGUAUAUAUAAUAUAUGAGUAAUAUUAUAGGAACUUAUUCAAUGCAGCUCGGAUUAGUUGUGAACCCGAACUUACUAUUAAUUCAACACAUUAACGAAUUAACUCAAUAAAUAAGGUCUAAAAAUUAUUAAUCAAGAAG